GCAAUGUAUCCUCCAACUGAUUUCAACAACAGCCCAUGACACGGAAUUCACAGGCAAGCGAAAUGCACUUGUGUGUGUAACGUUAGUCUACUGCAAGGAGUGCGCAUGGUAAAAAGGAGGGACCCAAGUUCUCCUCGUUUUCACUUUCCGGACUGAUGAGAGCUGCGAUAAGCCCUACUUUUUCAAUAUCAGGAGAUUAGCCUGCUGAUGGUUUGGCGAAAGAGAAUUUUCUGAUUUAGUCCUACAUUUGUGAUAUGACUCGAUUUCGUCGAACGGAGAUGUACAUGUUCACACAAUUGCUGGUCAUCCUCCUUGCAUCACCGAUCCGGUCGUAUGAGGAGAACUCAACCUGUCCAGCACUUUGUGACUGCUCUGAGUUAACGACUUACACGAUAUCCUGCGCAGACAUAGAUGUUAUCCCAACUUUUCCUGCAACCACAGAGAUAAUAUGGCUCUAUGAGACACAGCUGACAUCUGUCCCAGAAGAUGCCUUUGUCCAGCUGGUGAACAUUUCCAGGCUACAUAUAUCUGUGGAUGUUACACUGAGGAGACUGGAGAAGCACUCCUUUCACAACCUGAGGAAAAUCACUCAUAUAGAAAUACGGAACACGAGAAGUCUGACGUUCAUCGACCCUGAGGCCUUUGAGAGUCUCCCAAACUUAAACUAUUUGGGGUUAUUUAAUACUGGUCUCUUAAGCUUCCCGGGCCUGAACAAGAUUAAUUCUGAUAACAUGAACUUUAUUCUAGAACUGGCUGAUCAUCUGUACAUCACUACAAUUCCAGCCAACUCAUUCAGUGGCAUAACCAAUGAAAUGCUGACAGCGAUGCUGUACAGCAACGGCUUCACAGAAAUCCAAAGCCACGCUUUCAACGGGACCAAACUCGAUAUUGUAGACCUACACAGAAAUAAAUAUCUAACGAUGCUGGACGAGAGAAUGUUUGCUGGCACUGUCAGUGGGCCGAUGUCUCUAGACAUCUCGGAGACGAGUGUCACGUCCCUGCCGAGCAAAGGCCUGGAGUCGUUACGGGAACUCAAAGCCCAGUCUGUGGGGGCCCUCAAAAAGCUCCCUCCAAUCAAGACCUUCCGACAUCUGAUGAGUGCAGACCUGACCUAUCCCAGCCACUGCUGUGGCUUCAAGAACCUCAAGAAAAAAAAAGGAUAUCUUGAAUACCUAAUUUGCAAUAUGACCAGUCUAUAUGACCAGCACCAUAAGAGGUCUGUCGGGCCACCGCGCAUUCCAACUCUACAAGGUCACACAGACGAGGACAGUGACCCCGGCGACAGCAUCUUCAAGGACGCCGCUGAUUACCGUGAUUUUCACCUCAACCCACACUACCACGCUUAUUACUUCGGCGGGCAGCAAGACGAAGACGUUGGAUUCGGUGAGACGCUGAAAAACCCACAGGAGGACACCAGCCACUACUUUGAGAGCCGCUACGACUACGUGAUGUGUGAGGACGGCCAGGAGGUGGACUGCCACCCCGUGCCGGACGAGUUCAACCCCUGCGAGGACAUCAUGGGCUUCGGCUUCCUGCGCAUCUCUGUGUGGUUCGUCAGCCUGCUGGCCAUCAUGGGAAACCUACUGGUACUCCUGGUGCUUCUCACCAGCCACUACAAGCUCUCUGUCUCACGCUUCCUCAUGUGCCACCUGGCCUUUGCCGACCUGUGCAUGGGGAUCUACCUGCUGCUCAUCGCCUCCGUGGACCUGCACACACGCUCGGAAUACUACAACCAUGCCAUCGAUUGGCAGACAGGAUCCGGCUGUGGCCUGGCGGGCUUCUUCACCGUCUUCGCCAGCGAGCUGUCCGUCUACACGCUCACCACCAUCACGCUAGAGCGCUGGCACGCCAUCACCUUCGCCAUGCGUCUGGACCGUAAGCUGCGCCUGUCCCACGCCGCCGCCGUCAUGCUGGGUGGCUGGAUCUUAUGCCUGUUGCUGGCACUGCUCCCUCUGGUGGGCGUCAGCAGCUACCAGAAGGUCAGCAUCUGCCUGCCAAUGGACACCAAGUACCUGGUGGACCAGGUGUACAUCGUCUCGGUGCUGGUGCUCAACAUCCUGGCUUUCCUGGUGAUCUGUGCCUGCUACGUCAAGAUCUACUGCACCGUGCACAACCCCAACUACCCCUCUGCCAGCAAGGACACCAACAUCGCCAAGCGCAUGGCUGUGCUCAUCUUCACCGACUUCCUGUGCAUGGCACCCAUUUCCUUCUAUGCCAUGUCAGCUGUGCUGGACCGUCCACUCAUCACCGUGUCCAACUCCAAGAUCCUGCUGGUGCUGUUCUUUCCGCUCAACUCCUGCGCCAACCCUUUCCUCUACGCCAUCUUCACCAAGGCGUUUCGUGGCGACGUCUUCAUCCUGCUCAGCAAGGUGGGGCUCUGCGAGCGACAGGCCCAGCUGUUCCGUGGUCAGACCGUCUACUCCAAGGGCAGCAGCAGCCAGCGCAAGCAGACAGGUCCGGAAGAGAUGCCCAUCCACUUGCAGGAGUGCUCCAACCACACCUACCUGUCGCCUGUGCAGCAGGUCACCACCAAGGAGGAGAAUGAGGAGACGAGGACACAUGAAGUCUUCCUGCCGCCUGUGCAGCAGGUCACCACCAAGGAGGAGAAUGAGGAGACGAGGACACAUGAAGUCUUCCUGCCGCCUGUGCAGCAGGUCACCACCAAGGAGGAGAAUGAGGAGACGAGGACACAUGAAGUCUUCCUGCCGCCUGUGCAGCAGGUCACCACCAAGGAGGAGAAUGAGGAGACGAGGACACAUGAAGUCUUCCUGCCGCCUGUGCAGCAGGUCACCACCAAGGAGGAGAAUGAGGAGACGAGGACACAUGAAGCCUUGCGGGACUUAAGGAUGUAGGAGUAGAAUGACAAUGCGAGCUUAACCACAGUAUCAGAGGCUAGUCACAGUUUCCUUUGCAUUUCUUUGCCCGAUGUUUUCCAUUCCCUAACUAAGACAGAGUCAGAGUAUUAGGUUUCUGUAUAAAGUUAGUCUAUUUGUAAAUCAGUCCAGUGUUGGUUUUGUGUUUUGUAUUUAUUACUUCAGAUAGUAUGACAUAGCUGAUAUAGUUGAUAUGGUAGCUUAUUUAAUGCGUUGACAGCAUUUAUAUCAAGCAGGAUUAUCUUGAUACAGGGUCGUAUAGUUUGAAUGAGUUUAUGAACUAUGUUGCUGGAGCCUAAUGCUGUAACUCCAGGCAAAAUUUUCUUUUGAAUGUCCAGGGAGAAUGGUGUGCUUGUGCCUGCCUUAUACAUGAAAGACUUUUUAGCCAAAAAGAAAGGGGGAAAGAAACAGAUCUGCCCAGUGACUUGCUUAACAGAUGGUUGUUAUAGCACAUAAAAAUAGUUUCAGAAUUCUGUAACUACUGGGACAUAAGGUAGCUCAAUGGAGACAUCACAUUUGACAUACUUACACCUGUAUAUAGCCAACAUGACAGAGAAGAAGCCUGAAAAAUAAAAAAUAAAAAUAAAGUGUCAUUCUUUAAAGA